AUGGAUGGCUACUUGGUCCUAAGAGUAAUUGGAGAGGGCUCCUUCGGCAGAGCCCUUUUGGUUCAGCAAGAGAACAGUAAUCAGACGUUUGCCAUGAAGGAAAUAAGGCUUCCCAAGUCUUUCUCUGGUACAAGGAAUUCUAGGAAGGAGGCUGUUCUGUUAGCCAAAAUGAAACACCCCAAUAUUGUUGCCUUUAAAGAAUCAUUUGAAGCUGAGGGACACCUGUAUAUUGUGAUGGAGUAUUGUGACGGAGGGGACCUCAUGCAAAAGAUUAAGCAUCAGAAAGGAAAGUUGUUUCCUGAAGAUAUGAUACUUAAUUGGUUUACACAAAUGUGCCUUGGAGUAAAUCACAUUCACAAGAAACGCGUGUUACACAGAGAUAUCAAGUCCAAGAAUAUCUUCCUCACCCAAAAUGGAAGAGUAAAACUGGGAGAUUUUGGAUCUGCCCGUCUUCUCUCCAGUCCUAUGGCGUUUGCUUGUACAUAUGUGGGAACACCUUAUUAUGUGCCCCCAGAAAUUUGGGAAAACAUGCCUUAUAACAAUAAAAGUGACAUCUGGUCCUUGGGAUGCAUUCUGUAUGAACUCUGUACCCUUAAGCAUCCAUUUCAGGCAAAUAGCUGGAAAAGUCUUAUUCUCAAAAUAUGUCAGGGGUCCCUGAGGCCACUGCCAUCUCAGUACUCCUGUGAGCUGCAGCAUCUGAUCAAGCAGAUGUUUAAGAGGAACCCCUCACAUCGCCCUUCUGCUACAACACUUCUCUCUAGAAGUUCCUUGGCUCGACUUGUCCGCCAGUGCUUACCCCCAGAGAUCAUCACAGAAUAUGGUGAGCAGGUAUUAGAAGAAACCAAAAAUUCCAAGCAUAGUACACCAAGAAAAAAAACAGACUCCAGCAGAAUCAGGAUAGCUUUGGAAAAUGAGGCAACCACAAUGCAAGGGGAAGAACAAGGUAGAAAGUACAGCGACACUGAUUUAGAAAGCAUUCAUAAAAAUUCAACCGAAAGUGCACUGAAGAGAGUAAAUGAAGAGAAAGAUAAAUCAGUCCAUCCGAAGAAAGCCAGUUCACCAAGUCCUCUCAGGCGACAGUGGGAGAAAAAUGUACCCAACACAGCUCUCACGGCUUUGGAAAAUGCAGCCAUCCUCGCCUCCAGUUUAGGGGCCGGGGAAGAUAGAGGUGGUUCUGUAAUAAAGUACAGUGAAAAUAGCACCCGUAAGCAGUGGCUCAAAGAGACUCCAGAAACUUUGAUGAACAUCCUCAAGAAUGCUGAUCUCAGCCUGGCGUUUCAAACAUACACAAUAUAUAGACCAGGCUCAGAAGAGUUCUUGAAGGGCCCCCUCUCUGAAGAAACAGAAGCAUCAGACAGUGUGGAUGGAGGCCACGAUUCUGUCACUUUGGACCCAGAGAGACUGGAGCCUAGAUUGGAUGCAGAGGACACGGAUUUUGAGGAGGACGACGACAGCCCUGACUGGGUGUCAGAACUGAAGCUGCGAGCUGGCUGGCCAGGAGUGUCUGAUGGCUCAGCGGAUCAGCUGUGGGACGGGGUGAAGGGGCUACAGAUCUUGUCUGCUGUUGGCAGUCCUGGGCAGGAGAAAGAAACAGGCCAGAGGCGGGACGUAUUGGACACUAGAGUGUGCCGUGGAAAUAAUGGGAUGCCAGUAUGUGUGGGGCAUGACACAUACGUGCUGGGGUCCCGUCAUUCCAUUGUCAUUCCAUACUGGGAUGCUGUUGUGAGAGAUAAAUAUCAAAAACCGCAAACCAUCUGGUACGCAAGAAAGAGGCGCGGUGUGCUUGUGUGCUGGGAUAGGCACUGGAGUCCCGACCUACGACAAAGUAACUCCAAACUCCCUGGCCCUGGACCCAACUUCUGGGUGGACUGCGUAGACCCCUCCUCUCGCAGCUUGCUCCCGAGCCCCGCCUGCAUUUUCCCGGGCAGCUCCGCCCCGGCGGUCCGGAAGCGGGGCGGUCCGGGGACCCAGAUUCCCCCGGGACGCUUCCCAACCUGCGGAAUCGGCUGA